UUUUAAGAGGCAUCUUCAAGGGGAUUUAAUAUGGCUGCCUUACAGCUCGCGCGUCUUCGAUUCAAAUCCUCGGACUGUCGCUGUUUGGGUGACAUUUCUCGCCAAUGCCUGUGAAAGAGAGAGCGCUCAUCAUUUAACGCAUAAGACACGAAAUAGAAAAAGAACACAUUCAUUUGGUUUAAGUUUUUCUUCUAAUGUUCAUCCUGUGCGGAUACCACAAACACAGCACCGUCACUUCGGACACCAUCUUAUCACCACAACAGAACCUUCACCCAACUUCUGCAAGUUAGUGGAGUCCUCUGCCUCCAUCCAAAUGUCAGACUCGAGUUUCUGCUCUAUGCUGAGGGCCACAGGCCACGGGGAGGUGUGGUGGCACCUGGAUGACAGCAUGAAGUUCAAGCAGUACGGGUGGCGCAGCGGUACCAGUGAGGAUGCCUACACAAAUCAAACGCUCAUCGGUAACUGGAAUGAGGAGCGCUUCAGUGUCAGCAGUGCCACCCGGAGCAGGCCUCUGCCCACCCAGUUUGCUCAUUACUUCACGACAACCCACACCUCGGACUAUGGGACGCAUGCCAGCGCUGUCACCAGCUCCACCGACCUUAAAAAGCAGGUGGGCGCCUUUCCAGGUCACCAACCUCAACUGGACCCAGCCCAGGUGAAGCGGACCCCCAACUCAACUUACCAGUUGGACUACAACAGCAAAGGUCAAGGAGGACACAGCGAGUGACCAGGUUGAGGAGCUGGAUGGGCAGCGGGCUCCUCUCUUUGUGUCCAUCACCGUUGAAAGACCACCGCAGGCUGCCGCCCACUUUAAAUGGGAUGGACACGGCCGAGACCUCAGGCGGCAGCUCAGGGGCGCCCCCUGUGGCCGCAGCUCUCUGCUCUCUCAGUUUUUUCCUCCUCUUGUUGGUCUUCUCAGAUUUUUUUUUUUUAUUAGAAAAGAGCAGCAGCACGAGGUCAACACUUGUAAGAAACGUAAAAAUCUCCCUCGUGUUACGUCGUCGUAAAUUCUAAACGCUGUUGUCAUUUGCUUCCUUUGACAUCGAGUGGAGCAGACACAGCGGCAGAUGAUGCUGAAAGAUGAAAGGCCCGACCUCAGGAACUUCCAAAGCGCGUUUGUUGAACUUUACUGGAGUGUGGUGAGUGAGCGAGCAUUUGAGGAUCCCACAUGGGGACGAGGGUCUGGCUUUGUAAGAUCGUCAUCGUUCUCCAGUUCUGAAUAAUUAUCGGUCAGACUGGCAAAUGACGGGGUGACACUCAAGUAUCGGUGGCACUUGUCCCCAUCUCUACGCCACUCGUUAUUCUCAUCAUUUAGAGACAAUUAAGGAUUCAGAAAAGGCAGAUUAAUAGAAAAAAAAAAAAGACUUCAAAGAUUUCCAAAUUGCUUGCUAACGUGAAUCCCUCCAUCCUGCUCUUAUCUUAAUUAGGAUGACUUGUGUUCUGCUGUGUGUUUUAAUGUCCCCUUUUUUGAUACCCAAUGCUUGCCCACCCUACCUAGUAAGGGGUCUCUCUUUGAACCACCUUUCCUGAGGUUUCUUCCAUCUUUUCCCCUACCAGAGACUGGUCUUGUCUUAAGAGAGUCCAGGCUGGGGGGCUGGCAAGAGGCAGGGAGGGGCUGUUAAAGCCCAUUGCGGCCCUCCAUGUGUGAUUUUGGGCUCUAGAAAAAUAAAUUGUAUUAAUGCAGAAUAAAAGAGAUGAGUGCAGACCCCAAUCUCACCUCCUUGAAGGUGUCACACUACAUGACUUGGAGUCUCAGGGGAUGACAAAUUAUAUGACUUGCUAGCAGUUUCACAUUUCUGACGCAUGGCGUAUUUUAACAGCCGAUGACUGUGCUGCCCGUCUUCACCAGCAUGGCUCCACACUCUCCUUUACCCAAUCUGGUGUAGUUUAACAAACAGGAGGUGUCAGACUGAUGAGCUUCUCAUUUGUAUGGCUGACAUCCACUUACAUCCAAGUUGGCGUCACACACACACAAUGCCAGGCGAGACACAGACUGGUCCGACUCUGUCAUUUAGGAUGUCAAAAUACAGGACUGGCUGUCACCAACAUGUCCCAAUUCAGUAAAUUAAAAACUGCAAAAGUCGUGUAGUGUGACGGGGGGGCUUAAAUGAUGCACUGCAGUCACGGGGGCCCUGGGAUGGGCUUUGGAUACCACUGGGCUCCCCCUUCAUCAUUUAAUAAUCAGGUCAAUUAAAGCAGAUUAUGAAACAGAGCAGCAGUCCCAGGGGUCCAGCAGGACUGACACUGGAAAACAUUGCUGUGUCUCAAGAGCCAAAUGAGACCACCCGGAAAACCCCGUGCUGUCCUGUUGAGGGGUCGCCGUUGACACCAAGUGGACUUCAGAGAAGGCUGCUGACCAAGAUAAGCCAUCGAGUGUAAAGCACAGAAUUUACUCCCAGGGGGCACCGACAAAGAAUGCAAGACUGGGGGGCUGGCGUCACUCCAUCCACCCCACUCGAGUUGACCACCACAGGUGACUCGGCCUUCUAAUCACAGCACUUGAAGACUGAGGCCUCAGAGCUCCUCCAUCAUGUGAACACAGAGGUCCACAGCCAGCCAAAGCAGAGCAGCAGGAGGGGGUCCGCCACCACCCCCCAAAACUAAGGCCAGUUACUAAAGGGUGACCUCCAUGAGCGCCCGUGCUGGAUAGUGAGGGGCUCUCACAUCUCAGACCCUGCCAUGCUGUUGGCUUUUCCUUUUAGAUUGCCAGCUGUGAUUGGCACACCUCUAGGAACGUGGGUUCAAAUCCCAUUCUGGUCACUCGUCACCUUCCCCGUCCCAAAGACACAAGUGUCAGGCUGAGCUGCGGUCCACCGGGGUGCCAAUGGGACAGUCCAAGCCUUCAGACACUCCACCCAUUGACCUUGCAAGUAAAAUCCUUCACAAAACGGCAGGAUGGAAAGACAUUAUGGCAGUGCAUGCUAGAGAAAGGGUCUCAUAACUUGGGGCUUCUAAACCCCCCCCCGCUGUACCACUUAAAGGGUUAUAAACAUUAACCAUUGGUGACCUCAA